UUCUUUUCCGACUCCCUAUCAAUCAAGCGAUCUGGGCCGCGCGCUGAAGAAGCACUCGGCGCUUCCGUGGGAGGCGCGCGGUCUGGACGGUUUUGGGCUGAAAUCGGAUAUUUGGACGGCGGUUUCGGGAGAUUUUCUGGCUCGACUCGCAGUCAAGGCCCAGCUCUUUUUUUAUGAUCUUUUGUAGAAGUGCGAAUGGCGGCGGCGCUGGUGGGGAGGGAGAGCCCGAUGUCCCUUAGAUUGAUUGAUAGGCGAUUAUGGGCAGGCUUUUUAUUAUAUUUAAAGAGACAGAGACGAUGUUUUUAAUAAGUGAGCGAAAAGUCAAGGCGGUUUGUGUUUUUGCAAUGUGACGUAGGUUAUGCAGUUUAAUUGUAUAUUAAUUUCGCCAAAGGUUCUCGUGGGUGUCUAACGUUUCAAUAAAACCCUGUAUAGAUCUGAACAAAUAAGCAAUGGGUUUGAACAGAGACUCCGUCUACAAACAUGGCGCCUACAGUAAUAGAGAGGAUGAGAUACAGUCAUCUGUGGCUGAAGAAAGAAAUAAACCAUGACGGAGAUAUAAAACCACAUUACGGGAAUAUAGUGGUUGACAAGCAAGUCGAUAUUUGCAGUUGUUCCAAGCCCAUUCAAAGCUCACUGAAGUCAUGUUGCAGUACAGAUUACAUCACGGCGAUGCUACUAUUUAUAUUCGCGUUUGCAGAGAGCACUGCAGAUGUUCGUCACGUUUAGCGAAUAAGUUCAGUUUUGAAGCAAAUGAAUGUUAAUGCAUCAAAUCAAACAAGACUUUAUGCGUCGUUUUCUCACUUACAUGUGAAGUACAAAGUUUUGAUUCACGGCAGCGCAUGCAGAAGAAAAUACAAUAGAAACUGAUUUGCGUUUUUAAACUAUACAGGUGUUUAUAGAGCAAGCCAGUUCAGUGGAGCUGAAGAUCAGCUUUAUAGGAUGCUCAAGUGUUGUCCACAGCAACAGUAACUAUGAUGACAUCCCCAUCGGUGUCCAUGGAGGGUUACCAAGAGGCUGAACAGAUGCAAGUGGGAGAGCAGACGGCGGGACAAGCGGAGGAGAGUUUGGAGGAAGAGGAGAGCAGCUCAGCACCGUCUGAGCCACAGACUCCUAUGGAGGUCUACAAGACGGCCAUUUACAGACACCCCUUGUUCCCCCUGCUGGCGCUGCUCUUUGAGAAAUGCGAGCAAUCGACUCAGAGCUCGGAGUGCGUGACCUCGGCCAGCUUCGAUGUGGAUAUCGAGAACUUCGUGCGAAACCAGGAGAAAGAAGGCAAGGCUUUCUUCAGUGAGGACCCCGAUUUGGACAAUCUGAUGGUGAAGGCCAUCCAGGUGUUACGGAUUCACCUGCUGGAGCUGGAGAAGGUGAAUGACCUGUGUAAAGAUUUCUGCAGCCGCUACAUCGCCUGCCUCAAGACCAAGAUGAACAGCGAGACGCUGCUCAGCGGAGAGCCAGGAAGUCCCUACUCCCCAACACACACACAGCCACCGAGCUCGUUCUCUGGAGCCAUGAGUCCUCAAGGUAUUGUGGUGCCAGCGGCGGCUUUACAGCAAGGCAACGUAACUGUCACAGCCGUAAACCCCACACAGGUGGUCACAGGUGGGACGGUGUAUCAGCCUGUUACAGUUGUUACUCCACAGGGGCAGGUGGUCACACAGACGCUGUCACCUGGAACAAUACGCAUCCAGAACUCACAGCUUCAGCUGCAGUUGAACCAGGAUCUAAACUUUUUCAGUCAGGAGGACAAUUCGUCUAAGGCCAAGAGAGGCAUCCUUCCCAAACACGCCACCAAUGUCAUGCGUUCCUGGCUCUUCCAGCACAUCGGUCACCCUUACCCUACAGAAGAUGAGAAGAAACAGAUCGCCCUGCAGACCAACCUCACCCUGCUGCAGGUUAACAACUGGUUUAUUAACGCACGCCGACGGAUCCUUCAGCCCAUGCUGGACGCCAGCUCCUCGGACACACCCAAGAGCAAAAAGAAGACCCCCCAAACACGCCCCCUGCAGCGCUUCUGGCCCAACUCCCUCGCCUCCUCUGUGUCCCAGCAACAGGUCACCAUGGAAGACGGUACUAUGGUAACAGUCGGUGUGGGUGAGGAUGGCCUCCAGACGCUCUCAUCAGAUGGAGCUACGCUGGCCAUGCAGCAGGUCAUGAUGGGAGGUCACAGCGAGGAGGAGGAGGAGGAGGACGAAGAGGAUGAAGAGGACGAGGACAAUGAUCCUUCCCACUCCGACAUGACCAGGCUGGGCCUGGAGACCAGCGACUCGCUGUAGUAGGACUGAACGACACACACACACACACACACACACACACCGUUUAGAGAGAGACAUUUGAAGAAAGUGACAUCCACACAAACACCUCGGCUGACAUGUUGAAGGUUACAGAACGUCCUCAAGCUGUCAAACAGCUCGUCUGAAGCACAGAGAAAGGGCUUAAAGCCACACACACACCGAAACAACCCAAACACACAGGUCAAACUGAAGACACAAGCACAAGUCUCUCUCACGGCGGAACGCACGCAUCAGUUAGCCGGGUGCACUUUUUGUAUGAUACUGUAAACUUUAAAGAAAGUGUUCAAAGCACAUUUUGAAAGAGCUAAAAGGAAGGAAAGUAAAAAAGAAAGAUGUUGAUGCUGGAUGAUGCAGUUGUACUUAUCCUCAUGGUCUGGGAUUUGGUCUCUUGCAUGCCUGUGUUUGCUUUAAUCAGGCACCAGGAAAAAAGAAGGAACUAUUUUUAUAGUACACUGUCACAAGUGACCGGUGCCAAUUUGUUUGUUUUCUCCAUUUGUUUGUUUUGCUCUGGUUUGCUAUGUUUUGUAAGGAGUAUUUAUGUAUGAAAAAGACAAAAACAAACACUUUUAA